AUGGAGCAGGACUUACAAGUGUUUCAGGAUCAAGCUGUUGCUAAAGCUUCUCCAUGUGAAGCUAAACUUCAGGAAUUAGUGCAUCAAAUUGACAUCAUGGUAAACAGCAAGAAGGUGGAAUGGGGAAGGAAGAUGAAAGCUUUAGAAGCAAAGGUGGAUAUCCAGGAUCAAGAAUUAGCAAGUGCCCAAAGCAAACUGGAUCAGAAAGGUCAAGAGGUGGGACUGCUACGACAGAAACUGGAAGACUUACAGAAAACUAAAUAUGAAAUGGCUCAAAAUUAUGAAACUCAGUUUCAAGCACUGCAAUCUCAAUUUUCAAAGUUGACACGUAGUUAUGAAAAGCUACGGUCACAUCAGUUAAAACAAAAAAAGGUUGAAAAUAGAGAAGAAUGCGAGGAAAGCCUAGAGAUACCAUCUGAACUGAGAGAUUUAUACAAGAAACUGGAGGAAUUUCAGGCAAAAUCAAGAGAAUGGGAUAAGAAGGGGACAAUCUGCCAAAAUUAUCUUGUUUAUUUAGAUGCUCAACAAAAAUUAUUGUCCGAGAAAUGUAAUCUAUUUCAGAAACAGAUCCAGAAAUAUCAAUUCCAAAUAAGCAAUAAGAAACAAAACCAGGAAGAGGUAAUUACCUAUGGCCAGCCGAAAAGUGAAAAGAAUGAGUUGAUUAUUGGAAAGCUAAAGGCAACUGUGAAUGAAAUAGCAAUAAACAAGAAUAAACUAGAAGAGGAAAAUCUGAAACUCCGGGAGGAUCUAAAAAUGUACCAAAACCAGGCCCAGAACAUGGAGGCAGGCUUUUCAGAAAUGAGAAAUGAGCUGCAGUCACGGGAUGCUAUCUGGAGAAGAAUGCAACUGGAAUGCCAACAGUUGCAUACAGAAUUAUUGAAAAUCAGAGAGUAUAAAGAUAUGCAGGAAAUUCAAAUAAAGCAUCAAUCACCUUGUGUACAACUUACUGAGCAACUAGAAAAUAAAAACGCUGAGUUAUUACUAUUGGCACAAAGUCAAGAACACCAGCGAGAAGAGCUAAACACGAUAAGAAACCAUGUUUAUCGAGAGGAGCAGUCCCAUUGCUCUGAGCAGGAAAGAAUGAAGACAGAAAUCUCUGACCUGACAGAAGAGCUUCAUCAGAAGGAGAUCACUAUAGCAACUAUCAUGGAGAAAGCUAGUCUUCUGGAAAGACAGUUAAAAAUGGAGUUAGAGAUAAAAGACAAAUUGUUAGCAAAACAACAGUUGUUGGAUUUCCGAUACAAAGUUAUCAAAUCUGAAAACAUGCAUCUAAAAGAGAUGGUGGAAAACCAGGAGUGUAAAAGUUGCACGAGUAUAGAUUUAUCUAACAAAGAACAUGGAAAUUUUACAGCUUCCAUUCACAAACUGGAACAUGAUAAUGUAAGAUUACAAAAUAGUCUGGUUAAACUACAAAAUGACACAGAAACAUCAGUACUGGGUCACAUGGAUACAUAUGGAGAAACAGAGCACAGCUGCCAAACCCAUUCAAAGAUGCAAGAAAAAGAAGAGAGAGGUCAUGAAAAGCAAAUAGUUUAUAAAUCUCCAUCACCACCGACGGGGAAUCCUUUGGGCUUUGGUGGGCUGUUUCCUGAAAAGGGCAGAACAGGAAGCUUACUGAGCCCUGCUUACAAUGCAGAAGAAAUCAAAUUAUCAUGUCCCCCUGAGAUGUCCUUCCUUGCAACAACAGAAAAGUUCCUUCAAGAGGAAGAGAAACAUACAGGAGAGUUUGAAGAACGUUUAAAUUCACACCUUGAAGAACUGCAAAGACAUUCUGAAAAUACUCUAAAAAAGUAUGCCAGGAUACAGCAAAGUGGGCAUACUUAA